AUGAUUCGACACAUAGUGGUCAAGUUACAGUGGUAUUAUACUAUAUGUUGAUGAAUUAUAUUAAAUUUAAAUCCGACCAUAAUACACAAUGAAUUUGAGUUCAGUUUUUUUGAUUUUGGCAAUCGGUUUUACCGUUGCAUGUGGAUUAGACUUGUCCAGACGUGAUGGUAUUUAUCCAAAUUUAGCAAGAAGAAGUGAUAUAAUAAUGUCACCAGAUUAUUUAGCUAAGAUUCUAAUGGAACAAAGGGAUUUAAUGAAACGAGAUAGAACAGUAAAAUAUAUGACGAUCCCACAAAUACCGGAAGUAAAUCUUGUUGAUCAAGCCAUUAAUUCAGAUACUGUACCAUCGUUAGUUAAACGAUGUGUUUGUAACAAAAAAUGUACGUGCUCUGAUUCACAAACAAAUGUAGAAAAUCGUGAAGUUGGGGAAACAGAAAUGAUGGAAUCUUCAUCUAGCUCAUCACAAAGCGAAACAAAUGAAAUGAAUUCAGAAAAAAAGGAAUCUUCAUAUUACUCAUCACAAAAUGGAUCUGACGAAACAGGAACUAUGGAUUCGGGUAAACAAUGUAUGUACUCUGAUUCAAAAACAAAUGUAGAAAACCGCGAGGCUGGGAAAACAGAAAAAAAUAAAUCUUCAUCUUGCUCAUCACGCAGUGAAACUGAUGGAAUGAAAUCAGAAAAAAAUAAAUCGUCAUAUUGCUCGUCCCGCAGUGGAUCUGAUGAAAAUGGAAAAAAAGAUUCGAAAUCAGAAAAAAAGAAAUCCUCAUCUCGCUCAUUAGACAGUGAAUCUGACGAAAAGGGAAAAAAGGAUUGGAAAUCAGAAGAAAAGAAAUCUUGUUCUUGCUCAUCGGACAAUGGAUCUGACGAAAAUGGAAGAAAGGAUUCGAAAUCGGAAAAUAAGAAAUCUUGUUCUUGCUCAUCGAACAAUGAAUCUGACGAAAAGGAAAAAAAGGGUUCGAAAUCGAAUAAGAAGAAAUCUUGUUCUUGCUCAUCGGACAAUGGAUCUGACGAAAGGGGAAAAAAGGAUUCGAAAUCGGAAAAUAAGAAAUCUUGUUCUUGCUCAUCGGACAAUGAAUCUGACGAAAAGGAAAAAAAGGAUUCGAAAUCGAAAAAGAAGAAAUCUUGUUCUUGCUCAUCGGACAAUGGAUCUGACGAAAGGGGAAAAAAGGAUUCGAAAUCAGAAAAAAAGAAUUCUUGUUCUUGCUCAUCGGACAAUGGAUCUGGCGAAAAGGGAAAAAAGGAUUCGAAAUCAGAAAAAAAGAAAUCUUCAUCUUGCUCAUCUGACAGUGGAUCGAAAGAAAAGGGAAAGAAGGAUUCGAAAUCAGAAAAAAAUAAAUCUUCAUCUUGCUCUCCAGAUGAUGGAUCAGAUGAAAAGGGAAAAAAGGAUUCGAAAUCAGAAAAAAAGAAAUCCUCAUCUCGCUCAUUAGACAAUGAAUCUGACGAAAAGGAAAAAAAGGAUUCGAAAUCAGAAAAAAAGAAAUCUUCAUCUUGCUCAUCAGACGAUGGAUUUGACGAAAAGGGAAAAAAGGAUUCGAAAUCAGAAAAAAAGAAAUCUUCAUCUUGCUCAUCAAACAAUGGAUCUGAUGAAAAGGGAAAAAAGGAUUCGAAAUCAGAAAAAAAAAAAUCUUCAUCUUGCUCAUCAGACAACGAAUAUGAUGAAAAGAAAAAAAAGGAUUCAAAAUCAGAGAAAAAGAAAUCCUCAUCUUGCUCAUCAGAAAAUGGAUCAGACGAAGAGGGAAAAAAGGAUUCUGGUAAGAAAUGCAUGUGUUCUGAUUCAAAAACAAAUGAUGAAAAUCGUGAAGUUGGGAAACAAGAAAAAAAUAAAUCUUCAUCUUGCUCACCGCACAGUGGAUCUGAAAAAAUGGGAAAAAAGGAUUCGAAAUCAGAAAAAAAGAAAUCUUCAUCUUGUUCAUCACGCAGUGGAAAUAAUGAAAUGCGCUCUAAUUCAGACUCAGAAGAAGAAAACGAUCAAAUGAAGAGUGUUGGCCGAAGUUAUUCCGAGUUGAAAUCGAACGAAAAAAACCGUGAAAUGAAGAAAAAAGAAAACAAUAAAAACUCAUCUGCAUUGACACGUAGUGAAAGUGGUGUAUCUGGAAUACGCAAAUCGAAUAAUCAACAAAAUAAUUAUUCUGAGACGGAUACUGACGAUCAAGACAAUAAAUUAAUGUUAAAUGAAAAAAACAAAUCUUCAUCUUCAUUAUCACACGGCGGAAGCGGUCAAAAUGGAAUAAACAAAUCGGUUAACCAAUAUAGUACGUUUGAAUCAGAAAUAAAUGAUGAAACUAGGCAAACGAUGGAUAGGAAAAAUAACAAAUCGUUGUCAUCUUCAAUGACACGUGGCCAAACUAGUAAUAAUGGAAAAAACAUGUCGGGUGGCCAAUAUAGUACAUAUGAAUCAGAAACAGAUGAUGCAAUUAGGCAAACGAUGGACAGGAAAAAUAAUAAAUCGUCAUCUUCAAUGACGCGUUAUGGGAGUGGUAACGAAGAAAUAAAUAAUACGUUAAAUAGAAAAGGUGGUACUUCAUCUUCAUCGUCACGCUGUGGAUGUGACAAAAAUGCAGUAAACCAAUCGGGGUUAGAAUAUAGUAGCUCUGAAUCAGAAGUAGAUGAAGAAAUGACAGAAUUAAUGAAGAAGCAACAAAAUGAAUCAUCUUUGACUUCGUCGUCAGGUUAUCAACGAAGCAUUGCAAAGUCAAAUUCUGCACGUGGAGAAUCAAACAAAAUUAUGAAAAAUGAAAAAUCCUCGGCGUCUUUAUCGUACAGCCAAGGAGGUAAAAAUGCAAUGGAAAAAGCGAAAAUGGAACAAUCGAAAUCUUCUUCUACUCGCAUCUCAGAAGGUAAAAAGGAAAUGAACAUAGCGAACCGAAAAUCAGAAUCGAAUCAGAUUGAGCGCAAUUUGAAUUAUAGCAAAAAUGAUAGUCAAGAAGAAGAGGAAGACUACUCCAAAUGCGACUGUCAAUAAAUUACUGUAAAGUGCAGUAGUGUCUAAUAUUAUAAUAUUAUGUUGCUAUUGUCUAUAUUGAGUAUUAUAUUUGUCAGUAUCUUAUAAGAGUCAAUAAAAUUUUAAAUACAAUUUAUCGUAAUCUAAACUAA